AUGGAUUUGUAUUUUGUAAACCCUCAUCCUAAUCCCAAUUUUGGUUACUCUACUCAUAUGAACCAUGUUCCUUCUUCCUCUUCUCAUGAGUUUAUACUAUCUGAAUAUCUCAUGCUUGAUGAUAUUUGUAUUGAUCAUCAUGAUCAAGAAUCUAGGUCACAAAGUAUUGAAUCAUUAGAGAAAGUAACCUUCAAUGAUGUCAAUCAAGAAGAAUUCAAUGAUGCAACCUCUAAUAACAAUAACUUAAAGAACAAAAAUGGGAUUAAAGGAAAAAAAGGAGAAGUGGUGCCAAAGAUAGCAUUUAGAACAAGAUCAGAGAUUGAGAUUAUGGAUGAUGGAUACAAAUGGAGGAAGUAUGGAAAGAAGUCUGUCAAGAACAAUCACAACCUAAGGAACUACUACAAAUGUUCAAGUGUUGGAUGCAAUGUGAAGAAAAGAGUGGAAAGGGAUAGAGAUGACUCAAGCUAUGUGAUAACAACUUAUGAAGGUGUUCACAACCAUGACAUUCCAUUCACCUCCUACUACGGCCAAAUUUCCUUUCAACAUUCUAAUGCAUAA